CCGCAGAACACCCGGCAUGGGGGAAGAAGCAGGGUGCUUUUGUUUUGGAGGGACACAGAGGUCAGCAAACUUCCUGUUAUGUCUGGCCGUCUGUGGAGCGUGACACCCCCCUCCCCCCUCCCCCACGCAGACAGUCUGGGGCAGACGGACGGCACGCGGGACACACCGACGCGCGAGCUCCGGACCCGCGGACGCACAGCCGAACAGAGCCGAGCGCAGCGCGCCCCGUCCCGGUGGCCAUGUCCUUGCUUGGCCCCGCCCCCAGCUCAGCAGACGCCUGCCUCAGCAUCGUGCACAGCCUCAUGUGUCACCGGCAGGGGGGAGAAAACGAGGGCUUCGCCAAGCGGGCCAUCGAGAGUCUGGUGAAGAAGUUGAAGGAGAAGAAAGACGAGCUGGACUCGCUAAUCACCGCCAUCACCAGCAACGGCGUCCACCCCAGCAAGUGCGUCACCAUCCAGCGGACGCUGGACGGCCGGCUGCAGGUGGCGGGCAGGAAGGGCUUCCCCCACGUCAUCUACGCCCGCCUGUGGCGUUGGCCCGACCUUCACAAGAACGAGCUGAAGCACGUCAAGUUCUGCCAGUUCGCCUUUGACCUGAAGUACGACAGCGUGUGCGUGAACCCCUACCACUACGAGAGGGUGGCAGCCGCUCCCCCCACAGGUGCUCACACUAUGAUCAAAGAGGAGUUCAUGCAGGACUGCCUGCAGCUGGACCUGCCCCCCCAUCCAGACCCGUACGGCCCGUCUGCGUCUUUGGGCAUGUAUCCCAGCAUGCCCCUGUCUCCUCCAGGGAGGGGCUCCAUGGCCUCUGCUCGGAUCCCUGGCGGGACUGUUGAGGACACCCCAGAGGGGUCUGGUCUCCUGCAGAUCAUCAUGCCUCGGAACCGCGGAGGACAGGCGUCUCCGCCGGUGUCCCCCCAGUCUCACCACACUGUUACCCUCAGCUCCCCGUCUCAGCAGAGCCCCGAGUUCAGCUGCCCCCCCAAACCCGCUACCUGGACUGGAAACAGCUCCACCCCCUACACGCCAGCGGGGCAUCAGAACAGUGGGAGGAGCCACACAAUGCAACCACCAUUACAUCACCACCAUGGCCCAGUGACCCACUUCUGGUCGCAGCACCACAGCGCCCCCUACCCACAGCCAGUGUCCAACCAUCCAGGCCCUGAAUUCUGGUGCUCCAUCUCCUACUUUGAGUUGGACGUUCAAGUUGGCGAAAUAUUUAAGGUACAGUCCAGUUGUCCACUGGUGACGGUGGAUGGCUAUGUGGACCCAUCAGGAGGGGAUCGGUUCUGUUUGGGUCAGCUGAGUAAUGUCCACCGCACCGCUGCCAGCCACCGGGCCAGGCUCCACAUCGGCCGGGGGGUUCAGCUGGAGUGUCGAGGGGAGGGGGACGUCUGGAUGCGUUGCCUUAGCGACCACUCAGUGUUUGUUCAGAGUUACUACCUGGACAGAGAGGCAGGACGAGUGCCAGGAGACGGGGUCCAUAAGAUCUACCCUGGAGCUUACAUCAAGGUGUUUGACCUGCGGCAGUGCCACAGACAGAUGCAGCAGCAGGCGGCGGCCUCUCAGGCGGCAGCAGAGACCCAGGCGGCGGCGGUCAUCGGUGCCCUUCCUGGUCCCAACCACGUGGGGGGCAUCGCACCUGCAGUCAGUGUGUCCUCGCCUGCAGGACUGGGCGUGGACGACCUGCGCAGACUAUGCAUUGUGCGUCUGAGCUUUGUCAAAGGAUGGGGGUCAGACUACCCGCGGCAGAGCAUCAAAGACACCCCCUGCUGGCUGGAGGUUCACCUGCACCGGGCGCUGCAGCUGCUGGAUCAGGUGCUGCACAUGCUGCCGCCGCGCGAGCAGACGCUCUGAUGACCUCCCGUCCUCUGGUCUGGUCCUACGGCAGAAACCUGACACUUUCCCUGGCGAGGUGUCUGCUCACCAAAGCAGGUCGCCACGGCGCCAGAUCCCCGUUUGUAUGGCGGCCUAAGCCUCCGUUGUCACAGACACCUGAGCAGGUGUGUCCUACGCCUCAGUUAGAAGGAGUUCUGUUCUCCAAUCUUCCACAUCUAACCUUCACGAGUCCAUGUGAUCAUGUGAUUUUGUGUUCAGAGCUGGAGAGAUCAGGUCCAGGUUCCAGCAGCUCUGGUACCAAAGUCAGGACCUUCAAAAACGGAUUCUGAGCUGCUGGAGAACGUGAAUUUUAGCGUUCUGUCCUGAAAGAACCAAAAAGCCUCAUUUCUGCUGUUCUUUCCAGUGGUUUGUGGAUGGUGGUCCGCCCCAUCUGAACAUGGAGGGCAUGCAGUCGCCCUGAAGGAGAGCUGGACUUUAGGCCUUUGAUCCAAGGUCUGAAGGAGGGAGGAGCUUCUGGGUUCUGUCUGCUCUCCUACCGCUGUGGCGUUUUUAGUGGAUCACAUCAUGUUCCAAAAAAAACUUUAAAGAAAAAUUCAAAGUGUAUUUAUUUAUGAUUAUUCAACAGAGAUCAUUGUUGUUGAUGACGUCACGUCUUGUUGGGGUUGAAAUGAAAUCUUUCCUGACCUAUUUAUACAGUUUACUUCUUUUGAUCUCAUUGUCUUUUUUUUAGCUUCCAUAACAUUUAAGAGCUUUUAUACUGAAAGGGUGUCUGAUUUUGUAUCCUGUUUAUUCAAAUCAAACGUUCAGCCUAAAUAAACGUGAGAUUCUAACCUC